AUGUUCCCCUCUAUCAAACUCCUCUCAGUCCUAGCAGUAGCCUGCUCAGUGACAUCCGCUCUCCCCCUCGACGCCCGCGCCAGCGGCACAGGUAUCACACUCAUCAACAAGAGCGGAAGAACGCAACUCUACUCCUUCUUCGACAAUCUCUGGAACGGCGUCGGCACAGCAGGCGCCAACUUCGACCACCCAAUGGCCAACCCACCAACCCUCAAAGCCGGCGAAUCACGCUUCAUCGCCCUCCCCUCCUCCUUCAAAGGCCGCGUGCAGCGCGGAAACAGCGGUCUCAUCCCCGCCACCUGGGUCGAAUUCCAGCUCAACGACGGCACCGGCAAAGCAUGGGGAGACGUCUCAGUACAACAAGGCAACGACGGAGCCGCGACGCUCAAAGGCAAUGUGGUGGUCGGUUUCACGCAGGAUCUCAUCAAAGAUGCGCCGGCCGGAGCGUUCGCUAAGGAUGCUACCGGAGCGGCCUUCAAGAGGCCGGAUGGCACUGUCGCACAUGUCCUGGGGUCGACGGUGGGCAACUGGAUCCCGAAGAAUGUGGAAGCGUUGAACUGGUAUAAGAAGAAGAUUACGGAUGGGAAGACUUAUUUUAUGGAUGGAGCGGCGGGGGCGAGUGGGACGACGGUUGCGAAUAGUGCGAAUGGGCAGUUUACUGUGGAGUUUUAUUAG